AUGGCUCUUACUGCUCAGAUUGCCGAAUGCUUGACCUUGACGUUGAACCCAGAUACCAACACGAGAAUAGCUGCAGAACUCAAGUUGGCAGAGUACUUUGCCUCCCCAGAUGCAGGAUUAUCAAUAUCGCAGCUUAUCCUUGCGCAAAGUGCUGAUAUGUCUCUAAGGCAGAUAAGAUUUUCCAUUGCCCUGCGAAAAUAUGUGAAAGAGAGAUGGUCUCCAUUUUUUUCGAGUUUCAAAGGCUCUGCUCCACCAGUUGAAAUAAAAGCCCAAAUCAGAAACGCAGUAUUCAAAGGGCUUUCAGAUAAAGAUCGAAAAAUUCGUUCCCUCUGCGCGCAUACCCUCUCCUCAAUAGCAAACUGUGACUGGCCAGAUGAAUAUCCAGAGCUUCUGGAUUCUUUGAUCGGCCUUCUCUCAUCCGGCUCGCCUGACUCGGUCCAUGGCGCGAUGCAAGUGCUCACGGAAUUCAUCAAGUCUGAUCUCACUGAGGAUCAGAUCCUACCGGUGCUUCGUCAACUUUUACCUGUUCUACUCAACAUCCUAGGCUCGACCGAGACCCAUUCAGCCCCAACCCGAUCUCGAACCGUAUCGGUGUUCCGUCAAUGUGUCACCGCUUUGUUUAUGGUCAAGGAUCAGCAUCCUCAGGCCGUGAAAGAAGCCAUCGCAUCAGUCCUUCCAAUCUGGCUAGACGCGUUCAAGGUUCUUCUCGAUAUCGACCCUCUCCAAGAUGUAGCACAGGCAAACAAUUGGGAUGGUCUGACAGUCCGCAUUCAAGUCUUCAAAACCUUGGAUGCCAUUCACUCCUCUUUUCCCCGCGCCCUCAUUUCAUACCUACACGGCUUUCUCGCAGCCUCCUUGAACCACAUUCAAAGCCUCUACCCGACGUUCGCUCACUACUAUCUCUCAGCCGUUGACACUGCUCCUCGCACUUCAGAAGACGAAGCCGUUGAGCUGCCCCAGCUGAUUUGUCCCAUCUUUGACUUUGUUGCAUCAGUGAUGCGAGGUGAGAAGGCGAGAGACUGGCUUGACGGAGCCAACCUCUCCGGGCUGGUGAUAGGGGUUUUCAAUCUCGAGGCUACUUGGGCCGAAAAUGCCAACGCCUUUGUUGCGCAGGAGGAAGAUGAGACACAAUCGUACAGCGUGAGGGUGGCUGGCUUCGAUCUGCUGGGUUGCCUCAUUGAUCGAGCCCCUGCCCAAAUUACACGGACUUUCCAAACCGCGACUGAGCAAGUUAUUCAAACAUCUUUCCACGUUCGUGAGGCUGGACAACAAAAUUGGUGGCGACCUCUAGAAGCAGCUCUGGCGGCUGUUGGCUCACAAUCAGAAUCGGUGCUUGACUGCAUUGAAGACGAACAUGAUUCUGGCCGAGGAAAGCCCAUUGAUAUCGAAUACCUUCUUAUAAAUGUCAUCCCCUCCAUCCUCAAUGUCUCCGAACAUCCGUUCCUUCAGGGUAGAGGCUUUGUCUUUGCAAGCCAAUAUGCGAAACUUCUUCCGCUGGAUUCAGCAGGCCACUAUCUAGACGCCACCAUACAAGUAGUAGAAUCUACUGAAGCUGGAAUCCCUGUCAAAAUAUCUGCGGUUAAAGCCGUCCACAAUUUCUUCCAAGCAGGAGAUGACUCUGUACUGGUUCCAUUCGCGCCCCGGAUAGCCAAAGACCUGGGACCGUUCAUGUUGCUUACCUCGGAGGAUACUCUAUCUCUGGUCCUCGAAACAUUAUCUGUUGUUGUCGAAGUUGACCAAGGUAAAUGGUUAACCCAUGAUCUGGCAGACUCUUUAGUUGUCGCCGUCCUUGAAGUUUGGCACAAGAACAACAAAGACCCGAUUUUCAUCUCCAUAUUGACCGACAUUUUGGCAACGCUUGCUUCUUCUUCCACUCCUGGGAUAUAUGAAACGGCAGUCAAGCGAGCAUUGCCCCUGCUGAGCAACGCGAUUGGGGCUGCCAAGCCUGAAGAGUCUUGGAUUGCAGGCUCAGCCAUUGAACUUGUCAGCAGUCUCGUAAAGGGAUCUCCUGAGAGUGGUCUCGGAGAAGGCUUUUUCCCUCUACUUGCACCUAGUCUUUUCAAGUGUUUGUCGGUGGCAGAAGAUAGGGACAUCUUACAGGCAUAUUGCAAGCAACUUCUGUCGUGGAGUGGUAGCGAUAGACGAAGUGGACUUGACUAUGUCCUCUCGUUGGUUGCGAAGAUGCUGGAGAGUCAAGACGAAUCUGGUGGACUCCCGAUUGGGGAUUUAAUCAUACAUCUCUUCAGGAGAGCGGGCGAGGCUGUUCUUUCGGUUCUGCCUCAGUUACUUCAAGCAAUGGUUUCUCGCAUGACAAACGCACAAACUGCCACGUUCUUGCAGAGUCUCGUCAUUCCAUUCGCCUUCUUGAUCAACAACCAACGAGACACUGUAUUAGAGCUCUUAGAGUCAAUGAACGUUGGCAAUCGCUCUGGUCUCGAUAUCCUGGUACAAACGUGGUGCGAAAAUGCGGAGACCUUCCAAGGCUUCUGGCCCUCACGUAUCAGUACUCUGGCCUUGACACAAUUGUUUAUAUGUGGCCGACCGAGCCUCCAAAACCUCAUGGUUAAGGGCGACAUCAUCAUCAAACCGGAGACCAAAAAUGUUAUUAUGACUCGUUCGAAAACCAAAAAGACACCACACGAGUUCACCUCUGUGCCCUUCCCCGUCAAAGCGCUCAAGAUCAUUAUCCAUGAUCUACAGUCAGGCGGAGACGCAGCAACGAUCUCCGCACAAGGCAAUACCGUCGAGGACGUUGAUUCGGAUGACGGGGACGAAGAUUGGACGGAAGAAGAAAAGUUGCACCAAGGAUUCAAAGAGGACGAAUUUGCUUUUCUUUCUGAAAUGCUUGGACCGAAGGGCAUGGCUUUUGACAAUGAUGAACUUCUGGAUGAUCAUGAUGAUGAGGAUCUCAAGAAUGAUCCUGUUUCGCAGAUGGACAUGCAGGCCCAUCUCGUUUCUUUCCUACGAGAUUAUGCAACCCACAAUACAACCAAUUUCUGUGCCCUUGUUGAUCAGCUGACUGCGCAGGAGAUGCUCGUUGUUCGUCAGGCUGUGAGCGGGUAG